CCCGCGCCCGCGAGGGGCCGCCCCGUGGGGGUGUGGAAAAAUGGCAAAGAGAAUUGCAGAGAAGGAACUGACUGACAGAAACUGGGAUCAGGAGGAUGAAGCUGAGGAGGUGGGAACAUUCUCAGUAGCUAGCGAAGAAGUCCUGAAGAACAGAGCUAUUAAAAAAGCAAAGCGCCGAAACGUUGGAUCAGAGUCGGAAAGUGGAGGAGCUUUUAAAGGGUUUAAAGGCUUUAUAUUGCCUUCUGGAAAAGGAGGAGGUGGCUUCAGCGGAUUUGGUAAUGGUGCAGGAAUAAAGUCUUUAGAAGGGUUGUCUAAUGGAAGCAGUAGUGUCUCUAGCACUCCUUCUUUCAGCAGUUUAAAGACCACCUCCGAAACACAAUCAGCAUUUGGAUCCACAAUGGCAAACGGUCCUACUACUACUGCAUUUACUGAGAAAAAGGCUGCAAGCCCAAAAGCUAAUGGUGGCAGUCAACCGUCCUCAUCUGGCUAUGCUCAGAGUAAAGUUUGUAGCUCUAGCGUUUACCACAAACAGUUAGCAGCUUUAAACUGUUCUGUGCGUGACUGGAUAGUUAAGCAUGUCAACACAAACCCACUCUGUGACCUGACACCCAUCUUUAGAGACUAUGAGAAGUAUUUAGCAAAUAUUGAACAGCAACAUGGAAGCAGUAGUGAUAGUGGCUCUGAAAACGAAAGCAACAAGACAUCUGGCUCUCAGUCUGUUUCUACAUUUGGGAAUUCAAAGCUACAGCAAGGAUCAACGUUUUUGUUUAACAACAAAAGUGAGGAUACCUCGGACAAAAAACCUGAAGCUGCAUCGGAAAAAAAAGACCCAUCAUUAGGAGCUACAUCAGCCGUCUCAUUUAAUUUUGGCAAGAGUGUUGACAGCUCUGUUUUGGGUUCCCUUGGUUCAGGAACGCUUAGUAGUUUCUCAUUUUCUCCUGGGAAUUCAGGUUUGUUUGGAAAAGACACAAACCAGGCUAAGUCUGUCACUGCAGUAUCCACCAAUGUAUUGGAAGCUCAGACAGAAAGUGGCAAUAGCGAUGAUAAAGGAGGAGAAGAGGAGGAAGAAGAGCCACCAAAAGUCAUUGUUAAUGAAAUAAAAGAGGAUGAUGCUUUCUACUCAAAGAAGUGCAAACUGUUCUACAAAAAGGAUAAUGAAUUUAAAGAAAAAGGUGUAGGAACAUUACACUUAAAACCAGCAGGAAAUGAAAAAACUCAACUCCUAGUCCGAGCGGAUACCAAUUUAGGAAACAUACUGUUGAAUGUUCUAAUUCCACCCAAGAUGCCAUGUACAAGAACCGGAAAAAACAAUGUUCUUAUAGUUUGUGUUCCUAAUCCACCGAUUGAUGAGAAGAAUCCAUCUGUUCCUGUCACUAUGUUAAUAAGGGUGAAAACAAGUGAGGAUGCAGAUGAGUUGCACAAAAUCUUACUGGAGAAAAAGGAGGCUUAAAUAAGUUGCAGUCAGUGAUUUGAGGAAUUCUUGCCAAACUGCUGCUGCUCUUUUUUUCUUCCGUAACUUCACUUGAACACUUAACUCUUUACUCUGAUAUUAAGAACUGUUAUAGGAAUUCUGGAAAAAUUCUGUGAGGAAAAGCUAAACUAGCUAAUAAAAGCUUUAAUAGAACACAA